GUUUUUUUUUUUAAGAGGUUUUUGACAGUAAGGGAGCUUGUUCCACAACGUUGGGGCUAAAACAGUUAAAAAAUGGAUUAACUUUGUUUGAAUACUGGACUGUACAACUUUUCACAACAACUGAUUCUUUGGUUUGAGGGUCUAUGUGUAAAAUAAGGGAUUUAAAGCUCUGAGAUCAGAAAGAAUUCAUUGAUCUCCAGAUGGAAGUUGCUCAUGUUGCAGAUGCUCUCAUUCAAAGUCAGAAAUAGAAAGAGUGAAAAUAUUUAGAUAAACAUAAAAAUAUGAACCUAAAAUGUGAGCGUAAGUAGAAAGUAUGUCCUAAAAAUUAGAAACAUGAGUAGAAACGGUACAAGCAUAAAUGUAAAGUGGGUUUUCCUAUGAAAAUAAAGGGGUGUGUUAUGUGGAAAAUAAUCAAAAGCAUCAUAAAUUGAUCUAUAAAGAACUGGGAGCCGUUGUAAUUUGACCGGUAAUUUUGAAUAUUAUGUCCAUGUAAAUAAGUGAACAGUGAUGGAGUUGUCUCAGAGGGACCGGCUGUCGGAGCUGGUGGAGGAGCUCACCACGUCGGGACAGCCACAGCUCAACCAGGAGAAGAUGAAGGAGGUCAAGAAGCUCUGCAAAGUGUCUAACGACUGCAUCGACCACGUGUACCACUCAGUCAUGUCCCAGCUAAACCAAGAACACGCCGAGAUCCGACUGUCUGCCUUCCAGAUCGCCAGCGAGCUCUUCUCUAGAUCGCACCACUUCAGGACGCUGAUAGUCGACAACUUCCAGGAAUUCUUGGAGCUGACAGUAGAGACGGAUUCAGAGCAGCCCCUCCCUCCUCCUAAGGAAGUAGCCAGGAAACUGAGGGCGCUGGCCAUCCAGACCGUGCAGUCAUGGCAGGCGUCCUACGGCUCUGCGUAUAAGAAGCUGGCGCUGGGAUACCACUUCCUCAAGCAGGUUAAGAAGGUGGACUUCCAGGAUGCCGAGGCCAGGACGGUAGCAGAGAGGAGAAGGGAGGAGGAGAGACAGAGGAAAAUGCAGAGGAUCUACAAGGAGAGGGUGGAGGCAGCAGCCAAAGACAUGGAGGAGUCAUACGAAGAAAUUGAAGCCACGCUGACGGAGAUGGAGUCCUGCAUGAAGCUGCUUUUCCCUCACUUUGACCUCACAGCUGUCCACACGGCCAAUAGCAGCCCUUCAAACUCCCAACCAGCCAAUGGGUGUCCUUCAGACGACGACCAGCCCUGCUGCAGCAAAGACCUCAAGGAUGAUGGGAGAGAAAGAAAGACGCUGGAGAGGGAGGAAAAGAAAAGAGGCAGCGGAGCGACAGAGGAGGAGAAAAGGUCUGAAGACGAGGAGGAGAAGAAGGAAAAGGAGGCUGAAGAUGGAGAAGCAAAGGAGAGUGCAAAGGGAGAGCUGGAAGAAGAUGACGAGGACGAGGACGAGGACGAGGAGGAGGACGGAAGUAGUGAAGAAGAGGAUGAGGAGGAGCCUCUUGAUGAAGGCUCAUUUAUCAGGAACUCUGGGCUCAUCUCUCACUCCUACAGUCUGGACCUGAACCUGAGUCCAGGUCUUCAUGUUAAAGAGACAGAGGACAAUGAGCCAGUGGUUUCCACGGUGAUAGACCUGCACAGGCUGAUAACAACCAAACACCUACCGGCUGUGCAGGGCUGGGUUCAGGUUUUCACCAAGUCCGGUGCAGAGGAGCAGCUGCUGAGAAGAGCGUUGGAUCUGAAGAGGUCUCUGGAAGCCGCUCUGCAGAAACAGGAGGAGCUUCACAUCGACUACAAGACCAGGGUCCGCAAAGUGCUGAAGGCUUCUUCGGACGGAGACGACGACGACGACGACGACGAUUUCGACGAGGUUCCAGAAAAAGAGGGCUACGAGCCGCACAUUCCAGAGCAUCUGCGAGCCGAGUACGGUUUGGAUCCUUCUCCUUCCACCUCAGCAGCUCCAGUCGCCCAAAAAAAGCCUCCCGCUAAAAGGCCUACAGCUCCUCCUCGUCCUCCUCCUCCUCCCUCGUCUUCGUCCUCCAGGCGGCUGAAGCGACUCUUAGAGGAGGAGCAGGAUCCGACCUCUGUUGUCGCCACACUGCACCUCCUCAAACAGAAGAUCCCUCUGCCCUCAGAAUCCAGCGACUCCUCUGGUCCCAGUUCUUCUCAGUCCGGUUCAGAUCAGAAAGCUGCCGAUGCUCCCGUGAUUCCGUUUGGUUUGGAUUUGUACUACUGGGGCCAGGAGCAGCCCAACGCCGGCAAGAUCAUCAAGUCGGCCUCUCAGCAUCAGUUCUGGGUUCCCAUAAACACAGAGGAGGAGGUGGAGAACGAGGAGAUGGCGGCGGAGAGCAGGAGCAGAUACAUCUCCUUCCCGGGGACCUUCACACCCGUCAGCCACUUCUGCAGAGCUCCGCUGGGCAACGGGAAGCUGUGUCAGAGACAGGAUCGCCUCAAGUGUCCUUUCCACGGUCGGAUCAUCCCCAGAGACCAGGAGGGUCGACCCUGCCACCAGGAGGACCGACUGAGGGAGGAGCAGGAGGAGAGGAGGAGGAGAGAGCAGCAGCCUGACUGGCGCGACGCUGAGCUGAUGCGAGACAUCGAGGCGGCGACAGGAGAGGACCUGGGCUCUGGUCGGGUUGGUGGUAAAAAAGGGAAGAAGAAGAAAUAUCCCAACCUCAGCGAUCUGAAGCAGAGCACCAACACCGCCCGCUCCAGGCUGGAGAAGAAAGUCUUCAACAAGAGCUCCAUGCAAAGAGUGGCUCAGGUGAUGAAUAAAGUGGACAAGAGGAAACACGACAAGUUCUCCAACCAGUUCAACUACUCUCUCAACUGACCUCCAAAUGAAGUGGAGACUACUCAGUUCUCCUCUUAAUAAACUCUUCUUAUUCUGGUUCAUUUCAGCCUGGUGUGUUCGUGCUACUUUCUACGUGUUCGUACGUUGUCGGAGAACACAAUAAGAGACACACACCAGGUUGAAAUUAAUCAAGAUUUCUUGGUGCUAAAAGAAGAAAAGAUUUAAUUUAUUAAUGUGCACGUUUAGGGAUCUGGUUAGCAGCUUAACAUGACUGGUAAUGAUUUAACGAUCAGCCUUUUUAAGGAGACGCCUUUACAGAAAUGUGAUCAUUAAUGGGUAGAGUGUGAUGAAGUAUGACGAAGUAAAUGAUAUUUCUUAUGACCUAAUUAUUGCCAAGUUGUUCAGCUUGUUAUUGCCUUUGGUCGAUCCAAGUCCAGGCUCCUUUUUCCAUUUCUACUCCUUUUUUCUACUAUUUUCUUGUUGAAUUU